AUGACGACCGCAUCAUCCACCGUGUUCCAGGAUGUGUUUACAACAAACACUGAGCCUGAGCCACCACAGCGCAAUCGAAAGGCUGAAAUAACCGCCGCACCUGAACCAGAUAAAGGCAGUUUGGGCUCGGCAGCAGAAUGUUCUGCCGCUGUGAAUAACGGACGUGAUUCUGACUCUUCCGACGAGGAUGAGGUUGAUCCAAUUCUGAAGAAAGAGUUCUAUCGCCAACUUCACGAGUCCAAUGGAUUCGAUGUUGACAGAGUUAUUCCAAACAAUUCACUCUCUAUGACCAUAUGUGACAACAAACCAGGUUUGUAUCAUGACAUGAUUGUCGUUUAUGCUAGAGUGGGACUCCAUUGGUACAAUUUUCACAAGAUACAAAAAUACAAAAUCUCAUAUGGGCUUGGCUCAAACUUGCAGUUGUCGAGGGUAGACAAGUUUAUUUCAAUAAUGUGUGGAAUCUUCGAGUACUCCAUAACCUUGGAGGCGAAAGAUCCAGCCAACAGUUCCUGUUUAACUUUCCAGACCCGUGUUUUAAGAGCUGGGUGUAUAAAUGGCGAACACCUGAGAAUUCAGACCGUGGGUUGUAGAAUAAAACCACAAACUCAAGGUACUGGAGACAAAAUACAUAGAUGGGAGUACAAUGAUGGAAUUGGUGAAGUUUACAAAGAUAAUCUACCUAAGUGGAUUUCGGAUGAUGCACUGGUGCCAUCCAGUGAUCAGCACCAUCAGUUUUAUCAAAAAAUCGACUAUGACGACCGCAUCAUCCACCGUGUUCCAGAUAAAGGCAGUUUGGCCUCGGCAGCAGAAUGUUCUGCCGCUGUGAAUAACGGACGUGAUUCUGAUUCCUCCGACGAAGAUGAGGUUGAUCCAGUUCUGAAGAAAGAGUUGUAUCGCAAAUUUCAUGAGUCCGAUGGAUUCGACGUUGACAUAACUAUUCCAAACACCAAAAUCUCUGUGACCAAAUGUGACAACAACAAACCAGGUCACUACCCUGAGAUGAUUGACAUUUAUGCUAGAGUGGGACUCCAUUGGUACAAUUUUCACAAGGGCUCAAACUUCCACUUGUCGAGGGUAGACAAGUAUGUUGAAGCAAUGUGGGGAAUUUUCGAGAACGAGUACUACAUAACCUUGGAAGCCAUAGAUCCAGCCAACAAUUCCUGUUUCACUUUCCAGGCCUCUGUUACAAGAACUUUGUACUGUAUAAAUGGCGAACCCCUGAGAAUUCAGACCGUGGGUUGUAGAAUAAAACCACAAACUCAAGGUACUGGAGACCAAAUACAUCGAUGGGAGUACCAUGAUGGAAUUGAUGAAUUUUACAAAGGCAAUCUACCUAAGUGGCUUUCGGAUGAUGCAUUGGUUCCAUCCAGUGAUCAGCACCAUCAGUUUUAUCAAGUGCAAGAUUCGGAUAUUCGAGAAAACGAUUGGCUUUAUAUGUAUGCCGAAUUUGCCAUGUACUCGCAGCGAGAAGGAGACAUGACGUUGUUAGUCUUGGCUGCCUCUGGAGAUCAAGAAGGUCGUUGUACAGACUUAUGA